UGGCUUGCAUUCGACGCCGCUGGUAAUUUGUUCGUGAAAUCGCAAUAAUAAUCGGCAAAUGAGCAUGGACAGCGUGCCGACAAAACUUGCUGUGCUUACUUGCCGAUUUUGUUUAUCAUCAAAUAAACAAACACGAUCAAUUUUUGAACGAUUUAACACAGAAUGUUUGGGCGAUAAGUUGUUCGGUCUUUUGGGAAUGAAGCUGGAUCCAUCCGACGUAUACAAUAACAUAUGUGAUCAAUGUACUUCCAAAGUUGAAGUGUUGUUUUCUUUAAUGGACGAGUUUCGGAGAACAAAUACAUUGUUCUGUUCUUUAUUGAGGCAUGAACGCAAUUUUCUGAAGGAAGAAUCGAAGGAUAUCAUAAGAUUACAAAUUGAAGUACUUGAUCAAAAUGAGGUCAAUUCCGACACUCGCAAAUCCACGUUUCAUGAUGCAGCAUUCUUGCAAACGGAACAACACCCGAAAACUGUAAAUCUCCUGGCGAUAAAAAAUGAAGAUGAAGGGAAUAUAUUUGAUGACGAUGUUAUCGAAACAGAACCAUACGACGACGAACUCUACAAUGAAUUUGUAAAAGAAUCAAGUUCACCAAAUGCACUAGAAAAUACCAAUAAGGAACAAUCGUGCUUUGUGUGCAAUGCAUUCUCCGGUUCUUAUGGGGCAUUGACUAAUCAUCUGGAAAAUAUGCACAGUCAAUUGCUUCCGUAUCGCUGCUAUCAGUGUGUAUCUGUGUUGCAAGAUGUCCGAGAUUUGAAUGAUCAUUUACGAACCCAUCUAACGGCGUAUGGAUGUUUAUACUGCGAAGACCAGUUCAGUGCAAAAACGGAAUUGGAAAAACAUCGAAUCGAUUGCAACGGCUACAGAUGUGAUGGGUGUGGAAUGAAUUUCAUGUUUUUGUCCGUAUUGAAGGAACACAAGUGCAAAGCUUCCAAGCCCCAGAAACUGCAUAUCGUAAAUCUGUUUACUGACUUCUUUGUAAAGUAUAACGAAGCCGAACCCUUAUGCUGUACUGUUUGUAGUGAGGAGUUUAUGAGCAAUGCAAGUUUGGCCCAACAUUUUGAACGUGCACAUCCAACGUUCGCCGUCAUAUUGCACUGUUGCGAUGUAUGUCCACAGAAGUUUACGUCCCUCACCAUCGCCCGAAAGCAUCGACUCUCGCACAAGAAGAGCCAGUCCCUGAAACAUAAUGAAGCAAACGAUUGCUCCGUCUGUCUCAAGAGUUUCAAAUUCCAUCAAGAACUGUUGCAGCAUAUGCAAAAGGCACACGCAGACGUUACCAUAACGCUAUACCGCUGCUCUAAAUGCGAUAGGAAAUUCACAACUGAAGCUAAGCUACAAAAGCACGAUUACAAUACGCACCAGGGCCGCCAACCGAAGUUCUUUUGUUCAUUCUGUGGUCGAGUAUUCAACAAACGUAUUGGUCUGCGGGACCAUGAAAAUAUUCACAAGGGUUUGAAUGAAUACCGUUGUCUUGAGUGCAAUCGGCAUUUCUCAUACAAGAGCUCGUACGAUCGUCAUAUGCAGGUGGUGCAUAAUGAUGCCAAACAAUUCACCUGCGAGUAUUGCCACAAGAGUUUCAAACGGAAACCCACGCUGAAGGUACAUACCCGAUUGCACACCGGUGAAAAACCGUACCAUUGUGAAUUUUGCAAGCGAAGGUUUGUCGAUCCAAGCUCUUUUCACAAGCACAAGCAAAAAGAACACCCUAGAUCGGCUUAAAAAUUGUAAUGAAAGUGCGCCUCGUGAAAUUUUCCUAUAACGAAUAAAGUCGAUUUGAUAUAGCAUGCCGCUUCGAACUUCGUGCCAUAAGCUCUGAAGUAUAGAAAAAUGCAAACAAAACGUAUGGCUUACACGGGUACGCGGUUGUAGAUUUAAAGGGUAUGAAUAGAAAAAUACUUUUAACAACUGAUUAGAAUAAAAAUAAAAAUUCAGUUUU